AUGGAGAGAGCUCUUUCUAGUUAUGUCAAAACACCUAUUUUACUUAAACCAAAAAUAAGUAAUUAUUCUUCCAUUCAUCGCGAGCAUAGAGUUGCCAUACCCAUAAACCGUAAAUUCUUUGGGAGUGUCAAGUGUAGUAAGGGGGGUACUGCAGGUUGGGAACUGGAGAGGAAAUUGCAGAAGGAGAUGAAUAUGGAAGAAGAUAUUGUAGGGAAUUGGAAAGAGAAUUGUUGCAGAGAGAGUGGUGGGGUGGUUGAGCUUAUGGAGUGCUUAGAAGGAGAGGCAAUCAUGGGGGAAGAUGAAGGAAAAGAGGCUGCUGAUUACAAUAGGAGGGCCCAAAUCUUUGACAGAAGUUCCAGAGUUUUCAAGGCUCUAAAAGAAAGCACUGAUGAUUCUUCAUUUUGA